CACAACUUUCUUGAGGGCUGUCAUGCCGCACUCACACACAGCUGCUUCUAACAGAAUGGCUCACUGCUGCAUUGGGAUUCCUCUCAUAUUGCUCUACCUCCCUGCCUCAGCCUUCACAGUGAAGAUUAAAAAUGUUUACUUCAUCGACGAGGUGAAGGGUGUCAAUCUGACUGUCCCUAAAGAGAGUGGGGGAACAAGAUGGGUCUGGGAGUGGACCCCGCAUCACGGCAGAUCUGGGAGGGUGCAGAUAGCACAAGUAAAGCUGGGAGACGCUGAUUAUUCCUGGAACUGGACUUCAGAGAUAAACUGCAGCCACUUUGAAGCAGGUGCCCAUGGAAACAUGUUCAUCAAACCUGUGUUUGAAAAUGCAGGACUUUUUACUUUCAGACAAAUCAAACCGAAUGGCAAAGUCCUGGCAAAGUUUGAAGUGUAUGCUUUUAAAUUUUUUCCAUUUUUCUGGGACCCAGUUAAAGUUGGGACAGAUGUCACUCGGGUGUGCACGAUUUCGAGAGUGAAGGAGUCUAUGAAAGUCCAGUGGAAACACAAUGAGGAGCCGACUCGCGCCACCCAGUUUAAUUUCAAUACCACCACCACAUUCCUGAUGAUCCAGAACGUGCAGGAGCUCAGUGCAGGGCAAUACUCGUGCAGCUUGCAAACAAACCAAACAGUCCUCUACAGCGUUUACAAUACAAUACGACUUGAAACAGCUGCCCAGCCUACGCACUACACCUUGUACAGGGAAUCUGCAAACCAAAGCAAAGUGCAACUCUACUGCAACAUGCGAACAAGUUACAGCACAGUGGAGUGGUCCUGGAAAUCUCAGGGCUCCGACAGUGCCGCCCGCCGCAUAGCGUCUGCCACCAGAAACCAACCCGCCGAAAUCUCUCCGUCGACUCACUUCACUGGGAGAGUGGCACGGAUGGACGGAGUUUCUAGACAGAGCUUUGCUCUUCACAUCGCUCCCGUCACCUUUCAAGAUGCUGGGAUAUUCUUCUGUGAUGCUGAUUCUCGAGAAUAUAUGAGUAUAACGCUUAUAACAUUGGAGGUCUCAGUGGAGCCCUCUGGUGGACUGACUGUGGGCGAGGAGGUGAGCCUUACCUGCACUGUCUCAGAGGUCUAUGAGAGCUUUCGGCUGGCGUGGCUGAAGGAUUAUGGCCGGACCAUGCUGAUUUCUAAACAGGAGACCCUGACCCCUUCAGGCACUGUCCGGAGCCUGACCCUGGUCAUACCCAGUGUCCAAACCCAUCAUCGGAAAUGGGCGUGUGCUGUGUUCCAGGGAAACAUUCCCAGGGCCUUUUUACCACUCCGCCUGGAAGCCAAAGAGAGACACAUUUCUGUUGGCUUUCUUGGAUCGGUGGUCUGUGCUGGGCUUUUCUUCCUGAUUUCUGUAGCUGCAUUGGUGUUUUUAAUGCGAAGGAAAUGCACACGGGCACAGACUUGUCUGAGAAAAGAGCAAACAUCCAUCAGUACCGCUGAGAAGAACAACGGCAACAAGACAAGUGAUCUGCACAUUUACGACAAUGUGGAAAAUAUCUAUGAAAACUGUUGAGAAGACAGAACACACGAUUUUGCAUUGGACUGUUUAUUUUAUUUUUUUAUUUGGUUGCUUAAUAAAUGUUUGUGUUUUUUUGCCGAUUCUGUGAAGCGUAACAUUAUAGAAUUGUAAUAAAAUAGAAUUGUGACACAAGGGGUUUGUUCACUUGUGAGGCAUGCAAGUAUAGGAUUGAAUUACUGUGUUAACAGACAGCUGGACUCACCAGCCACAAUGUAUCAGUACAGACAGGAACUGACAUUGCUUAGUUCAAUACCAGGGAAUGGCUGUGGCAAAGCAGCCAUGUCAGAGUCCAGCAACAGCAUGUUAGUUUCGGUUUGAUUUCCUGGCUUUUAGAUACUCUGUUUGUUUUUGAUGAGUUGUGUAAAUCGUGUGUAACUGAUGGAGCCCGAUUAUUGAGUUUGCAAUGCCAGGCUUGAAAACCUUUAACAAAAUGUGAUCUUGCUCAGCUCUAAUAUUUAUAUAAUGCACACUCAAAUAGCAUCUUUAACCAAUUCACCCAAUAAGUGCCAUUGUCUUCGUUUGAGAACAGGCCACUUUGUAGGUAUUUUUUUUAGCAUUUUCAUUUUAAUUCUCUCUUUAACUAUAUUGUUAUGAUAACUUACUCUAAUUUUGUUAACUGCAAAAGUUAAGUCUAAAUGUAAUGUGAAGUAGGAUUUUAGGUCAACCAAAUGUUGAGAGUGCAUAAGUACAUAUAAACAGUUGUUGACUUGUUGACAGUUGCAAUAGAAACGGGGUUUAGCACUAGUUUAGCACUAACAGAAAGCCUAGCUUAACCACAGGCUGUCUGUAUAGAGCAGAACAGGAUGCUUUAACUAAUCCCACAAACUGUCUAAUUGACAUCAACACAACUUCAGAGACAGAGAAGAAUCUGCUAGGACAGCUCGGCCCUGCAGCCGGUGAAGAGCAGCCCUUUGCAGCAGAAUGGUACCAAUCAACGGAUGGUAACUGGGACUUCACGCCUAUGCGGCACAACUUAUCCAAUAAUGGAAAGGAAAUGGAAAUAUAAUUGUAAAGAGGUAUAAAAGGAGUUGUAACCUGUGGAUCGGAGAGCUUACCUUUACUGAGAGCAGAGAAGUGAAAUCUCCCGCGCUCGUUAUUAAAGGCUUUCCUUCCUACUGAGACACGCACU